UGCGGGUGUCUUUAGGGAAAACAUUCAUUCAUCCUUGCAGGAAAUGGUGCUGUCAUUUCUAGAGAUAUGACGUCACUUUUGCCCUAGUGGAUAUAUAAACGUCAGUGACAGUGAUAGUGAAUAGUGACUAAAUUGGAUUAUGUGUUCAAACCAUAUUCUGGCAUCAUGAAGUCUGUAUUUGCCUGCUGCGCUACCAUUUUAUCGGUCGUGGUGUUGGGAGUGGCCAGUGCUAAGAUAGGAGGAUGGGACACGUCACCUAACACGCAAUACCACAUCCAGACUGAUGAAGGACCCGAGAGAUACUUCAAGUACCAAACCCUCAGCGGCCAGUACCGCAAGGAGAAGAGGUUGGAGGAUGGCACCGUGGUUGGAUCGUACGGAUGGGUAGACUCCAACGGUUACCUUAGGCUCCGGGACUACAUAGCCGACAGCAAGGGCUACCGCAUAGUCCGCACCAAGAAGGUUCUUGUUGGAGUCGACACACCCAUUGGCGACGCUGUGUCCGCUGCCAAGAAAGUACCCAGUCAAGGAGGAGUUGGAGUCGAGAACGCGAAGAUAUACGAGAAGCCUAAGCCUUACGUGUCUUCCACUUACCGUCCUGAACUCGUGUCCAACUCUUUGGACUACUCUUCCUCCACAGUAGCUCCUAUAUCGCUCAGUGACUAUUUGAAGCAGAACAAAGAGUAUCCUUCGUCGACUCCUGCACCGUAUGUGAAGGAAGUGUACAUCACACCUAACUCGUACUAUUCUUCUUAUCCUUCUAGUACUCCUGAGCCUUAUUAUGAAGCGACUACCCCGACUCCGACUCCAGCUCCAAUUAGACCCCAGACGUUCAGACCAUACUUCGACCCCAACUCCAUCUACCCCUCUGCCUCCAGGAGAGUCUACGACACGGUCGGUGCCCAGCGGUACUCUUCGGGACGAGAUCAGGUCUCUCCGUACGAUGGCGUCUCCAUGACCCAUGAUGGAUUCCGGUACUACCUCCCCAGGCACUACCACGAGGAAGAGACACUCCCCGGAGAGAAGCGCGCCGGCAGCUUCGGCUACAUCGACCCCUUCGGCAUCCGGAGGGUCAUCUACUACAACUCCGCCCCUGGGACAGGCUUCGUGCACAGGAAGAACAACCGAUACGUCGGAUUCGACUCAACUCCAUACGACCCUAGGUUUUAAAUUGUCUAGGAUGGUCGAUUCUGUAUCAUGCACUUUUUGCAUUGCAGUGAGCGUUUACGGUUACAAAUUUAACUUUACAGACCAAUGGACAUUUUCUAUUUUAAUAGUGUCAUGGAAAUAAUUGAAAACCUAUUUAUUUUUGUUUGCUGUUAUUUAGAGUUCCUUCCAGAAACUAUUCCAACCUUAAGUUUGGAUUGAAUUAUUACAUUCAGAUAGAUGAAUUCUUUAAAUCACAAUUACUUAAAUUAUCGAAAAAUCACGAGUCCAUGGCUGAAUUACUUAUCAGUUCGGUUCACCUUAAAAGCAUGACCAAGAACAUCGAAUACACAUACCACGUCGACCUGGUCGAUUCUAGUGUCAUAUUACUGUUACAUGAAACUGUGAUCCAGUUAGUUGUAUAUACGUCUCCGAAAUGAAAUGGAGAUUAAAAGUAUUCACUAAUAAUUUAUUUUACUAAAUAAUUAAAUUAGUAUUCAUUGUAAGGUUGUACAUAGAUUAGGUUAAUAAAUGUUGUUUAUUUGUGCCUUCCACUUUUACACUUUUUUCUUAUGGGUCAGGAAAACAUCUAAAACUAAAUCUUUGUCAACGCUAUACUUAGAUCAGGUCGGAUAAACCAUUUCGUCAAUCUAUUUUCCGCAAUAGCGCUGUCAACUUCAAAUCUUCCUGUAAUUGAUGUUUUUAAUUUUGAGAAACCGAUGACAUUUAUGUCAAACUGUUUGUUUCUCCAGAGUGAGACAUUGUUUUGACCUCCGUCAGCUGUGAAGAGGCGUGUUUCCCAAUCCUUGUAUUAGUACAGGAAAAAUAGUAAAUAAAAAUG